CUAAAUGCUUUUCCUAUAUAUAUGUGAUCAGGGCAAACCUGUCUUUAUAUCUAGGUAUGGUUUGUAAAAAGUCUCUCGAAAGAUUAAAUUAGUAGCAUCUAAUUAUUAUAUCAAAGAGGCUGGAAAUAUAGGACAAAUGAGCCUGCAUCACAAAAUUGGAUAAAUUCAUGAAAUAAAUUUGUAGAAGGUUGAAAAUAGGGAAUAUAGUAUCUGGAAAACAAACGUUUGAUGUUUUUACCAGCUAUAGUCAGUCAUUAGGCCAAGAGUGUUUUGAUCACGAAGUGCUGGUAGCUAUGGGUUAAACUCCCAGCUACGGAGCCAACUUUUUUUCAGACCUCCAAAAAGGGUCUUUUGAUAAUUAUUGUUUCCUUUGAUGAAAAUAUCAGUUGUCCAUAUCAAAUUGAGUCUUGAUGUACAAAAGAGAUAUAAUGAAAGUAUAAACAAGUUUGAGAUAAAGCUUCGUAACGUUAGCCCUGUUUUUUUGUUUUAGGUAGCUUUUUUUUAUACAAUUCCAGGUUGAACGAUUAUUCUUGAGCUUGAUAUACAUGCAUGUAAUUACAACUAAACAUAAAUUAAUUCAACAUUUCUUUGUUAUAGCACCAUGUGAUAUCAAAAUGGCUACCAAGAGGUCUAGGAUUGAGUUGGACCCAGAUUAUCAAGAUGUGACUGAACAUCAAAAUAAGAGACAGAGAGUUUUGGAAGAAGAUGCUAAAGUUGCCACUCGUCUGAAGAUAGAAAAUAUCAUUAAAAAAGAAUUUGCUGCUGAAGUCCAAAGCAGAGAGAUGGAAAUUGAUUUGAUUGACCAGAGGCUUAACCAAACUAGACUCAUCAUGGACCGACUGAGAGCAUGCAUCGUGGCCAACUACUAUGGUUCUGCUGGUCAGACCAAGCCAUGGCAGCAGGGUAACAGGUCCGAGCCAGAACAGGUGCCCCCUAUUCACCCAGCAGUGAAACAACAACUAGGCAAGGCUCCAAGAGGUAACUUCCCACCAACGGAAGCUGUUGAUAUCAAGAGCGAACCAGGAGAUGAGCAGUUUUCUGCUGCUACGGACAAAGUCGGCUCAACUCUGCUGUCAUCAUUUAGCCUUGGCAAGGAGGAAGUAGAAGAUGUUAAGGAAGUUGCCAUGGAAACUGGUGAAGCUGACUCGUCAAGUCACCGAUCAAUAAGGGCUAAAGUGAAGAAGAGAAUCAUUGUUGGGAACGUGUCUAAGUACAUUCCAGUGGAUCGGCGCGAGGAGAAUGACCAGCCCACACACAAGUGGAUGGUUUACGUCCGAGGACCCAAGGACCAGCCCCACAUCGAUCACUUUGUGAAGAAGGUCUGGUUUCUGUUGCAUCCGAGUUACAGACCUAAUGACCUUGUAGAAGUUAGUCAUCCUCCGUUCCACUUGACAAGGAGAGGAUGGGGGGAGUUCCCUGUAAGAGUACAGCUGCACUUUAAAGAUACAAGGAACAAACGUCUUGACAUCAUCCACCAGCUAAAGCUUGACCGAACUUACACCGGACUGCAGACACUUGGAGCAGAGACAGUUGUUGACGUUGAGCUUGAUCCAGACUUUUUCCAAGAAAAAACAAAACAGUGCAAAGCUGUGAAUAAGAAGGAACUCUCUAAACAAAUGGGUUCAUCAAAUGUGAACGGUGAUACCGGUGAAAGUUCAGAGGUCAAGCAGGAAGUAGUUGAUGUGAAUUUUACUAUAAAGGAACAUACAACGCCAAAGAAAGGAAAUGCAACUGACAAAAGAUCUGAACAAGGGGAGAAAACUCAGUUGCAAAGUAAUCCUCGGGGAAGUGUUGACAAUGGGACAGGUGUUGAAUGUCUGUCAAACAAGGAAAACUGUUUUUUGAAAAGAACUAACGAAUCCUCAGGAAGCCCUGCAUCACAGAAACUUAAAAGCCCGGUGAGUGAAGCGUCUCUGAUCAAGUGUAUAAACAGUGUAAAGGGAAUGCCCGUUGUGAACCCCUCAAACAAAUUGUCUACUAGCUUAGUCGUUGGAAAUCUACUGGUGAAUUCUCAGGAUGGAAAGACAACUGGGGGUACACCGCCACAGGUUAGCGUAGUCACGCCCCGAGCCACACCAUCACGGUCUAAUUCCACCUUGCUACUGUCGGGUACCUCGGGGGUACAGAUGGUAUUGGGUGGUUUCGGGUCUUUAACAGCGUCAGGUGUGCAGAAACCUACAGAGACAAAACUGCCUACUCUGACAGGGAAGUCUCUGCUGAAGAAAAUGCCUGAUUCCAAAUCUAUCGCAACUACGGGUAAACCUGCCUCCAUGUCCAUUUCCUCGCCGUCUUUGAUACAGACUGGAACCGUUAACAGACUCGCUGGAACUCAAAGCCCAUCUUCAUUUGUGUUACAAGGGUUGGGUUCACUCAGUGGAACAUCCUCUCCAUGCGUUACAGACAGUACUGGGGGGAAACAAGUGGGCAGCAGAGCAGCUGUACAAGGUGUAACCGGAACAGCUACCAACAUAAUCGUGGCUGGUCCCACAUCCGGAACUAAAACAUCAGCAUUUCAUAUAGUUACCUCUAACCAGGCAGAUGGCUCUGGACCUUCGGGCCAGAUGUCUGCACCUGCUGCAAAGGUGGGUGGGGCCCAGACAAAUGAGUCUUUAUCUGUAAACCCUGUUCAGCUUAGCACACCCCCUCAGACUCUGUACGUACGGUGUAAAGACAGUUCGGGGAAUAUCUUUCUUGUACCACACCAUUUACUCAAGCAGGUUUCUACAACUGCCGCCAAAACUUCAACCCAUAAUACCUCAUCAGCUGCCUCUCCUAUUAUUUCCAACGCUUCUCCAGGCCCUCUCAUAGGUGUGACUUCAACAGGUGAGACUGGAGUUUCCUCCCUUUCACAGAAGUCUUUAUUAGCUCGUUCUUCACAGGUGGAGAAAACGGAGCAUAGGACUUUGCCACUACCAGGAAUUUCUACAAGUGCAAUAUCGUCUCAGAGUACCACACUACCCUCGUCUGUGUUAAUCAAGGUUGAGUCACAACCAUCUCAAGGGUCACAACAAAAUACCUCCAGCAGAUCAGAAUCUCAGAAAAUGCAUCUGCUGACCGGCAGUUCCCAGGGUUUGCAAGGUGUGACGUGUGCUUUAGAUCUAAAGAAGCCUAGUACUGUGUUCCAUGUGAAAUCGGAAAGCGUGGACCCCACUCAGUCAUCGUCUAAAGUCGUGAAGGAUCUCUUUGCAGACCCGGCCAGUGAUCAUAAGUAUUUUACACCAAAUGCUUCACCAGAAAAGAACACCAGGGAUGUCGCCGCAUUUUCACACAAAGUUGCAAAAUCAUCAAAUUCGCAGCCGAAUGUUUCAGGCACUGUUCCUAGUGUUGAAACAAGGAAGGCCAAAGAACAAAUAUCAGAUAUUUGCACCACUAAAGUAUUACCCCAGGGUCAACAAGGUCAGGGGUCAAUGUCAACCUCUGGUCAUCUCAAAGUCACACCCCAUGGACUUAAGAUUGUGGGCAAAGGGGCUGGAGAGGGUAAGCAGGGAAAGUCUCCGUCAAAUACUCCACAGAAAAUGACCACAUUAUUACAAAGUCAAGGAAAGCUUCUGACCACUGGUCAGGAUAUGACCACAUUGAUGCAGAGUCAAGGAAUAAUUCUGACCGCUGGUCAAGGGAUCAUUUCACAGUCCUCAACAUCCACUGCAAAUUCAUUAGGUACCCUGUUACAGACCUCAGUGUUGCCUUCUCCUGGAAUAAGGGAUAAAAAGGAAAGGUCUACUGAUGUAAAAAAUCUUGAAAAUUCUCAAGUUGAGACAGUUACAAAGAAGGUUGAAACACAGAGUUUACUUACAGGCAAAACUAUGCUGACCUACAACAAUGUCUCGAAGUCAACACACAGCUUGUCAACAGCAUCAAAACAUAAAAAUAUUUUAUCGAAUUCUGACAGAAAACCUAUGGUGACGUUGUUAAAUGGACAAUCUAUAGAGUCCAGUUUAUGUAAAAACUCUCUGCUCUCUGGCGAAACGUCUCGGGUCAUUUCAUCGGUUACAGCAUGCCAAACAACUUCUAGCACUCAGCAACCUGUAAUGACCUUGACCUCAUCGAAAGGUCAAGAGGUCAAGAAUGUAGUGAAUAGUGGGGUAGGAAAGUCAUCCGACUUCACUCAGGGUAACCAAGGUAAAACGAUGUUGGCCACCAUCGGUAAUCAGAGGCUUUUGAUUCAUGUACCAGAGCUGAACCCUGUCCGAGGCGAGGGUCACCAGACGGCUGCCAUGGAAACAUCUCCCUGGCUUGAUGGAAGCAUGAAAAACAAAUACUUCAUCAGUGAUGAAACGUCCUCUGUUCAACCGAAGAAAAUCAUUUCUGUAAAAAAAAAGAAAUGUUACGAAACCACACCUUUCAAACCAACUGAAGUUCCAACCAUAAGUGUGGAGGACUUCCAUGACUUGCUGUCAUUGGUGAAGGCAGCAAUAAGGAGGCAUCCAGUGAUUUGUGAGAAUGUGGAUCGCAGUCUCCACCCUUACUGUGCCAGAUCUUCAGAGGAGUGGCUGUCUUGGAACGUCGGUAAACGGCGAGCUUCAGAGUGGCAGAGGGCAUCUUUUACCAGGAAAUUUCUGUUGAAGAACCUCCAUGGCGAAACCUCCUUCAAGGGGGAGUCACUCUGGACGACUAAACAGAUCAUGGUGUGGUGUAGACUACAUGUCUAUAGUCCACACUUCCUAGAGAAAAUGCUGCAUCCGUCCCCAGUGGAACUCAGUGCUGACUCCAGUAUGCUGGGCAAGAUGUACAGCUCGGCAACGGACUCUGAUGUCAUGAUGUCCUGUAUACAGGAUAUUAAUGCUACAAAUGGUGCCGAUGUUUUAGACGAGAAGGAUGUUGAUAUAAUAUCUGUGGAACCUCCGAAAGUGAAGGUGAAGACGGAGAUGACAAAAGAACUGGUGUACUGUGAUCCCGUUGUGCUGCCGCCAUCACGCAAGGCUCGCUUUGUGCAGGACCUGUCCACAAAGAUUGGGGCGAGGUAUGAGCCGACUGAGGUCGACGGAGAGAUACAAGGCUCGGUGGUCGAGGACAUGAUAUUCUCAUCCAUGAAGAGCUUUAUGAGUGAUAUACUGAGAGAAACAUACUCUAUGAAAGUGAACAUGGGAAGGUAUGCAGACAGUGUGGGUGUAGGUGAUGUGUACCGUACACUUGGAAGGUUACCCGAGACAGACUUUCUCACAAAUCACCAUCUCGGUGUGCAACCUCACAAUUCGCUUUCCUCAACCACCGACAGGUGACAAAGGCUAAAGAUUAGGAGAAAAAACAUCACAACACGCUCUACAUAACUACCAACAGAUGACAGAGGUUAAAUGUUGAGCAGAGACAACCUCGCCAAACUCUUUUCAGGGAACAAUCUCGGGACCAUAUUAUUACUGUGUACAGGAGGGAAAAUCUAAAUACUGGGGAGGAACAAUCUCGUCCUAUGCUUCGCAAGGAACAAUAAUCCUGGAAUCCUGUCACUGCUAAAUGGGGAUGAGGGAGACCAUUGAAUUCAUAAACAUUAAUAUGUUAAAUACAAAGUAUUGCAACAACAUUCAGCUACCUCUUCAUCACCCUCGAUAUCCAGGGGUAACGCUCACUUUCGCUCACUGCACCCCUGGAAUAUGUCAAAGCAAAAUCAAAGGCUCAGUGGGCAGCAACUUGAAGAUAAGACGAGAAGACUAGUUUGAUCCAUUGAUGUUCAUCAACAAAAUCUUGCGGUCACGUAACGGUAAAAAUUGACAGACUUUGAAGUCAGGAGUCUCUUCUUUGUAAUCUUCAAAGGACAGGUACAAUGUAUCAGCCUAUCAAUUGGUCGGUGUUUUUUUUAAUUGAGACCA